AGUGGUUCAAUUCAAAGAUCAAAUCAAGACAUUGAUCUUAGAAAAUACACGCCAAUAUAGGGGUGAUUAUACAUCAUACCGGUAACCCUCUGCAUAUAGCUUACAUGAGCAUGACUGAUAAUAAUUGGUAGAUAAGAUUAGUGCGUUAGAUGUUUCAUAAAUCACGAAGACUGUGUUGUUGAAUUGAACGACUGUUAGUCUCAAAAUAACUGAAGAAUUUUUCAAGGUUGUUAUUCACUACAAACAAUGGAUUUAAAAACUAAUUACAAUGUUGACCGCCAAAAUUUGAUGUUGAUUUCAUCUGAAGAUCCUCUUGUCUAUGAAACCUUCAACGCAUUUCAGGAAUCUGGUGACGCUGUAGAACACCAAUUCAACGCUAUUGAUGAUUCCUUUGCCACAUUCGAUGAUAAACUGUUUGAUCUACAGAAACCUGUAACUAAAGAUUCUGUAAUCAAAAUUAAACAAGCAUCAUUAGCAGCACCAUUGUCUGUACACGAAAAUGUUCUAUUCACCACUGAGGAGGCUAUUUCAAAUUUGUCGGUGGACAAUCUACAGUUGUUUCCUGACCUACUAUUUAAUAACGAUCCAAUAGAUGAAAAUUGUCCAAAAAUUCCAACGGCUGAUGAGCUGCAAGAAUUUAAGGCACAAGACCAUAAUAUUACGAUGGCUGAUCAAUUACAAGAAGAACUUGUUCCAAUGACUGAACAGCUUCAAGAAGAGGAACAUAUUCCGAUGGAUGAUGAACUACAACUAGCAUCACCAUCAUCACAGCCUCCAUCUGCGAAGGGUUCACGAAAGCGACGGCAGUUCCAAAAUAUACUUAUUCCUCGCGAGUACAACACUCGUAAGAUGACUUAUAAAAAAAGCAUAGCCGACUUCAUGAAUCGAGAACAAGAAAUGUUAGAGAGGGAAAGAAAUAAUCAACAGAAACCAACAGCACUCGACGCACCCACGGACCAUGGCCGAUGGAGCCAUACAAAGGAUUGGGUUCAUAUAAACCUACUCAAACUUGAUAUACCAAUCAAAAAGUUCCCAAACUAUUCCGAUACCAAGCGCUACAAAGCCAGAAAGACUCAUUCCAAAAAUAUACCUGACACCAAUAACAUUUCAAACGCUUCGAGUACUCAAAAACCACAUAAACAAUAGGAUUUACGGAAGAAACGUCCAAUCGAAAGCAAAACUCUGAGUUAUUAUAAUAAAAACAUCAUAAAGCGGAAACGUAUGUACCUAUUGUUCUAAAAUUGUCUUUGUAACAUGGCAAAAUAUUGCAUCAUAUAAUAAAACAUUUUAUAUUAUUAAGACGGUAGGUACUAUUUAUAUGGUUAUACGACACACUCGUACACUUAUACGGUCUGUUCAUUACCCGCUAUCUAUAAGGUUAAGGUUUAUGUUUAGCACAUUACACUUUUAUGUUUAUGUUUAUCGUUAUAAAUUAAUACUGUACAAUUAACUAGAUAUUUAAGUUCAAUAAUAUUGUUCCUCAUCUUAUACACCUAACUCAGUGGUGUUAUUAAAGGGAAGCAUGAUCUACCAUAGAGAUUAAUGUAUCAAAAUAUUGUACAUAAUACACCCAUCCUGAUAAUUUUAUUACAUAUUCUAUGGUUAUACGAAAAAGAUAUUAUUUCUUUUUUUAUUUAUAUUAUUUUCAUUUUUAGUAAUAAUCGUUAUAUUUAUUUUUUUUUUUUAUAAAUAUAAUAAGAAAUGUUAUUAAAGUAAAAAAUAUGUAAAUAAGAGAUAAGCGAUUAUCUCGAAAAUGACUCAUCGCCCUAAAUAUGUCUCCGGUAAAUUAAAAUAUUUUAAUAUGAUUUUUCCAUUUGUAAUUUUUUUUUCUAAAAUUUAUACAUUUCUAUCUUUCAUAAUGUUCGUAUAAAUUAUUAUAGAUUUCUAUUGAAAAACUGCAUUUAAAUUAAUUCAUUACGGGAUAUAUUGAGUAAUACUGAUAUGAAGCAUUUGUGAUAUCUAUAUUAUAUAAUAUUAUUACAUAGAUGUAUAAGUAUUAUUUAUUAAUGUUGACAUUUGAAUAUAAUUUCAGUAGCCAAUAACAUCUAUGUUAUAUAGUAUGUUUAAAAUCAACCCUUGAAUUUGCUCACAUUCCUAAAAUACAAAAAGGAAAACACCAUUAAAUAAGGCAAUUUAACAUAAUAUUUUAGUUCAUUAUUUGACAGCUCAAUAAUGAUAAAUGUAUCGUAUACCUACCCUAAAUCCAUAACUAUUAUUAUACGUCCAUGGUCCUUUUUUUUACUCAAUGCAUUUGUUUUUAUAUUCAUG